AUGGAAGCGAUGGAUGAGGAUACGCCGGCCUUCUUCUGGGACGCCGCCCGCUUCGUGGCCAUCAACAAAGAGCUCUACACGUCGAAAAGCGAGGCUCGGGCCGCCGAGGUGCUGGCGCAUGUCGCCAACGUGGACAUCGAGACCGUCGACCCGGAGGCCAUCAUCGACGCGAAGGACCUGAUCCUGCUGGCCAUGCGGACGAUCGGCGCCGAAGGACUGCUCGCGCGUCAUCAAAUGGAGCUUCUGAGCGCGUUGAGCAAGCUGCCGGCGGCGUUCGUCGACGUGAUGGCCGCCUUCUUCGUCAACGCGCAUGCGGCCCGCCAGAUGAUCCCGCUCGGCGCGCUGGCCGUCGCCAUCGCCUUCGCGCGCCGCGUCCAGGAGGAGGAGUGCGCGGAGAAGAUCGCGGAGUUGCUGGGCCCGAUCGCGCAAGUGCCCGAGCUCCACCACGAAAUGAUGCACCAGCUCGCCAACACGCGCAACGCCGAGCGCCGCUUCCGCGUGUAUGAGGUGCAACUCGCGGCCUGCCGUGCCUCCAACGUCUACCCAGCCAUGGCCGAAUACAUGCAGCACAUAAUAAAGGAACUCGAAGGCGACGACGUGCUCACGCAGCUCACCACCAUGGACUUCCUCACGUCAAUCGCAAUGACAGGGCCGCUGGGAGGCCGGCUCUUGAAGGAGUCCGAUGCGUCGACCGUCGUCUACAAGCUGCUGCUCGCCUCCAAGGAGUCACCCGACGGCGGAUUUGUGUAUCCAGGUUGCGUGCAGUACUUCGGGCAGCUCGGGCGCAUCUCCCCCGACGAGUUGGGCGAGUACCCGGUGUUCCUCGACACCGUCGUGGAUAUGGUAGCCCAUUUCGAUCGUCUCGACCCGUCGCUUCGAGCCGCCGCCUUCGACACUCUCGCCAACAUUGGCUACAGCGACAAGGGGAAGGCCGUCCUCGAGAAGCACACGGGCGCCCCCCAAUGCCAACGCCUCAUCGAGCACUUUGCGGUGGCGGUCAGCAACGGGCCCGUGGAUCUGCGUGUGCGCCAUCUCGAAGCGUGGACCCUUCUCUUUGUGCAACACCCACCAAAAGCCGACGAAGCCGUGGCGAAGCGCUGGUUUGAAUGGCUUGGCCAGCCAUUCGCUCGGCUCUUCUUUGGAUACCUUCAGCAACCGUUCGAGAACAUGAGACGUGCCGCGUUCACGGCCCUCCACGCCCUCAUGGGCUUCGAGUUUGGCAAGGAGACGAUGUUUGAAGUGAAUGGCUUCAUCGAUUGGCUGUGCAACCCGGGCACGGAGACGGUGUGGGAAAUCUGCCAAGAGAAGGACGACCUCGUGCGCGCCCUCAUCCAAUCACCAUCGCCCGCCGUCACCCCGGAGCUGCGCCAAAAGCUUACUCGGUACUUCGUGAAGGAGAAGGCCGAUCCGCAAGUGGCCAUGGCGAACAUC